AUGGUGGCUAACGUUGCUAGAUCGCUUGUCUUGCUGCUUAGUUCUCUGAUCUAUACCACCUGGGCGGCGGUGGAUAGCCAAUUGACAGGAACAUGGACGUCGAAAUCACGCCAGGUUGUUACGGGUUCGGGAUUCUACGACCCUGCUGCAGAUGAACUCAAAGAGCCGCCCUUGACGGGUAUAUCGUAUUCCUUUUCAGACGAUGGGUAUUAUGAAGAGGCGUAUUAUCGGGCGAUUUCUGAACCAUCCCAACCCGAAUGCGCCAAGGGAAUAUUACAGUGGCAGCAUGGGUCUUAUUCACUUCAGCCCAACGGCUCCCUUGUGUUGAAGCCGAUUGCUGCGGACGGUCGUCAGCUAUUAUCGGAUCCAUGUGCUGGUCGCACUUCAAUGUACAGCCGCUACAACCAGACUGAAACGUUCAAGGCAAGGGCUUUUAGCUACCGGGUAUAUACAGACAAGUUUCACGGCGUACUCCGGCUGGAUUUGGAACAGCUCGAUGGAUUGCCAAUUCAGCCGCUGUACAUUCUCUACAACCCCCCUGAGAUGUUACCUACAUCGAGUUUAAAUGCUACGGAUUCAAAAAAGUCCAAGAGAGAUAUAAUCCUUGAUGACACAACGGGCAGAAACACCUUGUUGAGACAUAUUGAACCUGUUAUCCGUGAUGGUUCGUCUUGGUGGUGGUUUGGCGUCAUCAUGACUUCUGUGGGAGGGUUGACCUUGGUAUUUUCAUGA